AUUUUCACCACAAUUAAUACAGAAUCAACGCAUUACAAAGCCAUAAAGCAGUCAGGGUUUUUAAUGUACAAAAAGAUUAAAAGUGAUUAUGAAGUCAGUGAUUUAACAUGGUGCAAGUGUGGUUGUGUCGGCCGUCUGUAACGUGCACCAUAGCAGGCCCGACCGCUACAAAGACUAGUGUCAACUGUGACAAGACCGCUUGUGUUUGAUCAAUCUCGCCACAUAAGGUGCUUUUCUCGGAGAUAACGAACUGAACAGCUUGUCAACUGGUAUUGUCAACUGUCCGUUUACAUGAGCAGUGGGGAAUUUAUUAUGUUCAGGAUAUAAUCAAACGGUUGUCUUUGGACUGAAAGUAUAAAUAGCUUAAACUACAUUAAACCGCUGUCUGAAAUACAGGAUUUUAGAAAAAGAUGGUGUUAUAUCAACCAAGGAUAAGAGAACCACCACUUUAUGACAGGAAGUGAGGUUUUAGCAAGCAACUAUUGAAGACUCCUUGAAGAGUAUUUCAUGGAACUCUUCACAAAGAAGGGGCAAAAUACACCUUGGAAAGCCUGUACUAGUUAAGAACUUCUAACAUCAUAAAAGUUAAGGAAAAGAAUCUGAUGAGAACAUUUUGUGUAGGGGAAUGUGCUUAUAAACAAGUUUGGCAAAAAGUAAACCGACCAAGAUGUGGCUUCAGUGCUAGAAUCAGCAAGUUAUUGGAAAACUUCAAACAAAUAGAGUGUAUUCUGCCUUCCUGUGACAAAACUGCUACUCUGAUACAGACAGCCAGCUACUGACAGCAGUCUUCUCAAUCAGUCCAAUUCCGACACUGUGAAGCUGUCUUGUGACAUAGAUUACGUAAAAAUCUGUGUCCGUCACAUAUUGUGGAUUUCUUGUUCAAUGGAUGGAACUAAUACUGUUUUGUGACACAUGCUUCAUGGAUUAAUCAAUAUGGAUACAAUUACUCAAGAUGUUGUACGGACAGUGACAGAAGCAGUUUUGUAGGACUGUUUCAAUACCUUAAGCUUUGUCAAUGAAUUACAUUACCCAUUUCAUAAUAAACAAAAGCACCAAUUGCAUAUCAGUAGUGGCUACACCCAGAGUAAAUUAUUGUUCUGCAAAGGAUUUAAUUCAUAGAAUCCACAGAAAUAUGAAUGGGAAGUUGUUUCAUUUGAAAGUAAUCUCUCAGUGAUAGAAGAGAAAAAUAAUUUACAAGCCUUUGUAUGAUAAGAAGAAGUUGUGAAAAUGUUCUGAUGAAUUUCUCAUUGACAUCAAUUGUCAUAAAAAGUUCAGAUAUCAUGAAAAUGAUGCUGAAAGGUGAUUUUAUGUUGUUCACAGGGAAUGAAUGACUUUAUGAUAGCUAUGUGCAGGAUAGCCUUUAGUUUAUUGUAAAGAAGAAGGAUUAUUCUUAGUAAAUAAUUCAACACUUUGAACAGGAGGAAAAUAUGGAUGGUUUGGUGCUUUAUGUGUUUAGCAUUUUAUUUAUUGUGGACGUAUUUAAUCACGCACAAUCGUUAAACUAUGAGUGUAUUCCGACAAAUAACCAAGAUACUGGGGUAGCAAACUGCUCUGCCCAGAGGCUGGUCCAUGUUCCACCAAACUUACCCCACAACAUUCGUGUUUUGGACCUCUCGAACAACCAAAUAACACAACUGGAGGAUAACGCUUUUGCAAAAUAUGAGUUUCUGGAAGUAUUGCAUAUUCACAAUAAUAGCUUGUCUAGACUUGAGAAACGAGUAUUUGGUCGAUUACAUAAUGUAAUGUAUCUGGAUCUGUCCUUCAAUAGCCUGGACCAAGUUCCAUCAACUUCGUUUUUGGACCUAAGAUCUCUAUUAACCCUAUCAUUACUCGGCAACCGAAUUACUUCCAUCAAAGCUGAUGCAUUUCAUGGCCUUUCAAAGCUGACGAAUCUCUACUUGUCAGGCAAUCAUAUUUACAGUAUUCAUCCCAGAGCGUUUAGUGGAUUGCGCAGUUUACAGCAAUUAGAACUGCAAAAUAACGCAUUAUCACAAUUAAAUGAUUCCACAUUUGACAAUUUUAACACAAACUUAAAGGAAAUAAAGUUGUUUAACAACCCAUGGUUUUGUGACUGUAAUUUGCGAUGGUUGAUACACUGGUUAAAGAACAGUAGUGAGACUGGUGUUCAACGACUUAAGUGGAAAUAUCCGCAGGAAGAGCCCAUGUGUAAUGGACCUUCUAUAGUGGACCAGAGGUCAUUUUCCUCACUGACCGGAGAGUGGUUUAUAUGUCCCAUCAGACUGUACUCAAAAGCCAGGAAUAUUGAAACCAUUCCUGGAAAAGAUGUCGAACUUUUCUGUAAAUACACUGCCGACCCACAUGUGGACAUUCAGUGGUUAAAAAAUGGCAUUCCCAUUGACCUUAACAAAAAACGAAAAUUCAAAGUAGAAUAUAAGGGUGUUAUAAUGACCACAAGUAGAUUACAAAUUUAUGACUUUAGGUACAAAGAUAUAGGCGAAUAUGAGUGUUAUGCUGAAAACAAACUAGGGCGUGCCUUUGAUUCCUGUCUGGUGACUCUACAAGGUGUAGAUCCAGCCAUCGUCCUUCAGCCUUCAAUGGAGGAUGAAGACGCAAGUAAGGACAGGAUCAGGAACGCCAUUAUCGCUACUGCUACUAUAGGCGGUGUUGUGUUUCUUCUAGUCAUUCUCGUUAUUAUUUUCUGUUGUGUCAGGAGGUGUAAAAGAUAUCAGCAUAAAAAGAAAGAGUCAAUUCGAAUGAGUUUUGAAGAGCAUUUAAAAGCUAAUGGAAUUAUAGAACCUAAUCCUAAAAAUGAGCCCAUUGUUUACGACAGUGUGCCUGAUGGGACAUUAUCUAUAGAUGAUGACAUGGAAGAAAGAGACUCUGUGUAUGAUUCAUUACAGCGGCCUAGUGUCCCAAGUUCCACAAACACCAACACAUACAUUUCAUUUAAAACAGAAUUCUCUGAGCCCGAGGAUGUGACACAAAUGUGUACUCAAGGCCAGCAAACAACAAGCAGUCAUUCCAAGGGAAGCGACGGAUCCCAGUGUGAAUCGACAUCCCCCCUGCUGGAAAAUAUCUCACCAAUACUCAUUGACCCAAAUGAUCCCUUCUACGAAGCAAAUCUUUAUGUGCCGAGACUUUAUGCUUCUACAAAUAAUUAUUUAAGUUCGACUCAUAAUGGUGAUUAUGAGGAUGAUCCGAGAUAUCACAAACAAAGAAAGAUAGAACGAUUUGAGAGUGAGUUCAUUCCCGUUAGAGACGAACAUGGUUUUAUUUUACCAAGUAAGUCGACAGCAUAUAACACGCCGUAUAGAUCAGCCACUCUCCCACAUAACGGCCAUGUAUUACACAGCGAGCCACAGUACAUUCCCCAUCGGAACAGAACACUUCCACAUGGCUAUUCAGCCCAACACAUGACAGAGUAUGCUUCGGAACCCGUUGUCAGGAGUAACAGUGUCUCGAUCAAUCCCAUGAGUGCAUCAGUCGGCCAUCUUGGAAUAAGUCCGCCCAAAAAGCCACCUCGGAGUUUUAACUCUCGUGACACUGUGUCAUUGUAUUCACAAAACAGUUUGGGGGAGAGAGAAGGUGGUUUGAAAUUAUCGCUUCCAAAGCCAGGAACAGUAGAUAAAUAUGGAACUGCUGUGUAAGAAAUAUCUCUGUAAAUAUACAUUCAUCAUUCUCUUAUGACUAGAAAUAUUCAUUAAUCAUUAUAUGAUUCUCUUAACAUUAUAAAGAUGACAUAUAUGACAAGUAUUUCUCUAAGUUCAGUUUCAAAUGUACGUUCCUUCCAAGCUUACAAUAAUUGAAAUUAUGUGUAGCUUUCUUACAUGCUGAAGCCAUUGUAUUUGUUUAACAAAUUGCUCAAUUAUAAAACCACAAAUAUAAAUACUGCUACAUGUUACAAAAUGUUUGUGCUAUUUAUGUGUCAUUAUAUAUAAAGAUGAGGAAAUAAAAAUGAAAAAUCAU